AGACUUUGAUUAAUCGAAAAAUAAACCUUUGGUUUUGUGCAAGUUGCGACUUGUUUUGGGUUUGGUGGAUUCCAAACUUGCUGAGCUUGUGUAUCGAUUGAAUAGUCACUUCAAUAGUGGUCGAGCAACUACCCCUUUAUACCAAUCGAGCUAUCCCAGGUGUGGAUUUGUCCUUUUGGUUCCGUUUUAUCCAAGUUCGUAUUAAGAACGCUUCGUUCUUGAUUCGAGCUCAAUCGAUUCUUCGAUUGAGUCGUUAGCUGCGUGACUUUGAUAACAUACACCCUCCCAGGGUAUAUCAUUCUUUUAUGGUACAAUCUAAACUUAUACAUUUCAUGUUAUGGUACAACUUUAAGUUGUACAUUAAAGCACCAAUACUAUAUAGCAUAGUAGAAAUGCUCGAGUCGAACUCUUCUAGUUGUUGUACAACAGUAUAGGGGUUAUUAUAUCACCUUAGGCGAAUCUCACAUCUACAAAGCACGGGAGAGAUCCAUGGUUCAUAAGUAAGAAACCGACCUUGACUGACAAGACGCGUAUUGAAUGGAAUGGUAUUGGUUGGAUUGGUAUUGAUCAUUUGUGAACAAUUGCUCACCGACAAGAUGCCGGAGGAAACAAAAGGGAGUCGCCGAAACCCUCGUUGAUUCACAAAUAGUUGUCGUCCUAGAGAGAAAGACCCCAUCGCCGGAGAGAAAAGACAAUGUCACCCCACUACAAGCUGAAGACGGGAAACAAUGAGAUAGAGGGAUGGGAUUCGACAAAGUCCAGUCUUCAGCUGGACAAUACAGACAAACCUAGCAAAAAAAAAAAUGAGCGCCCAUAGUCUUAUGUUAGGUAACCAAAACGUGUAGCGGGAGCGGGAGGGAGAGCGUCAGUGCGUUAAUAUUUGAUGAAUUUAAUGUUGAGAGCGUGAAUAGAACGUUAUUAUUAAAUUAUUUUAAUUAAUAAAUUAUAUUUCUUUGUAAAGUAUUAAAUACAAUAUGAACUAUUAUAAAAAUUAAUUCCUCAAAUUAACAUUAAUGAAAUUUUUGAAUAUUUACAUAAAUGUAAUUUGUGAAUAUAUACAUAUAAUUUUUCUUGUUUCUAUUAAACAUCAUUUCCAAUUCAAUUGCAGUUCAUGGAACAAGUGAACAACUACCAAUUAAUAGUACUAAUCAAUUCCCGAACACAUCUAAUUUUUUCGAGAAAAAAACGCAUAUCCCACCUCCAUUAAAAAGAAUACAAUAGCUUUUCAUUAAACACAUACCAUCUCAGUUUUUGAAGACUACCAAAAGGAAUCUGGCCAGUUGGUCAGCCUGGAGAAAUCGGAAGUAACUAUCGGAGCAAAUGUAAAGCCGCACCAAAAGUUGAUGGCUAGCUCUACUCUUGGGAUGGUUCUCGUGAGUGAGGUAGGACGCUCCAAGAAGGACCUUUUUGUUUACUUAAAAGAUCGUAUCCGAAAGAAGUUUGCAGGUUGGAAGGAGAGAUCGAUGUCAGCUGCCGCGCGUGAAGUACUGAUUAAGUCGGUUGCACAAGCGCAGUUAACCUAUACUAUGUCCAUUUUUAAAGUCCCCGAUGGCAUACUUGAUGAAAUACACACACUGAUUACACGAUUAUGGUGGGGACAACGAGGAGAGGAGAGGAAGACCCCAUGGGUGGCGAGGGAGGCACUGAUUUGUACCCAGGAGCAGGGUGGCAUUGGCUUUAGGAACCUAAAGGGUUUCAACCAAGCUUUGCUUGCAAGGCAGCUUUGACACCUCUACCAGCGUCCGGAAUCCCUCGUAACAAGGUUAAUGAAGGCGAAAUACCAGUGUUGGAGGCUCGGGUGGGUUAUCGACCUAGCUAUGUGUGGCAGAGUCUAGUGAGUGCUCAAGAGUUCCUAGUGGAUGGUCUGAGGUGGCGGAUUGGCAAUGGGGCGUCCAUACGCAUAUGGGGAGAUCGUUGGUUGCCAUCGACUCAAAACUACUUUAUCGAGUCACCGCCAAUGGGGCUCCCUGUGGAUGCCGUGGUAAGGAAACUAAUUGACGAGGAGGGAAAGAAGUGGGAUGAUACACUUUUAGAAAGUUGUUUUACAACAAGCAUAGUGCAAGCCAUAAAACAAAUUCUUUUGCGCUCUUCAGGAGAUCAAUAUCGUUUGAUUUGCACGGACAUUGUAGAUGGCCAAUAUACGGCCAAGGGGGUUAUAAGGUGUGGUUGAGGAACUUCCAAAACCAACCUGAAGAUCGAAGCAUUGGAGGUUCGGUGCUAUGAAAGGAACUCUGGUCUCUCAAGCUGCCACCGAAGGUAAAGAUAUUUAUGUGGAAAUUCACAAGAGAAGCUUUGGCCACUGGUGAAAGGGUGCAUAAACGGAACCCGCAACAAAGUGGCGUGUGUCCCUUUAGUGAUCAGCUAGAGACACAAGUGCAUGCUUUCCUCCAGUGCCCUUGGGUAAGUAGACUAUGGCGGUAGUCAGUAACAGCUCCGUGUUUUGAGCUGCGAGCAAGCCUUAGUUACCUGGACUGGGUACGAAAGGUUAUAGCUACAGUAGAAACAAGUGUUUUGGAAGAAUGGAUCAUUUUGUUGUGGUCAUUUUGGAGGGAGCACAAUACUCACCUUUUUAAUGGGAAAAGACGGAUGAAGGAGACAUAGUCCCAAAAGAGAAGACGUACAUGGACGAAUAUUGGCAACAACAGCAGCACUAUGACCUGGUGUCGCCACCACCUGCUCUCUCCUGGUCGAGGCCUCCGUUGGGAAGAAUCAAAAUAAAUAUGGAUGCGGGUAUAGAUGACGAAGGAGUAGGGCUGGGAGUGGUAGCAAGGGACCAUAAUGGAGUUUUCAUUUUGGCAGGGGUGAAGAGGGUAAGAGGGAUUCACGACCCCACUUUGGGUGAGGCUUUGGCAGUCGAGUUUUGUUUUCAACUAGCUAGACAACACUAACUAGUUUCACUCCUUGUGGAAACUGAUUGGUUAAGUGUGGUAAACCAUUUGGAGAAGGCAAAUGAAGUUCACACAGAACUUGGGACGGUGCUUAGGAGAUUUACGAGGCUGGUGGUGAUGACCGGAGUCGGGCAGGUGAUGCAUGUUAGUAUACAGACAAAUGAAGCAUCACAUAUUCUGGCUCACACGAGAGCAAGAUGGAUAUAGCGGAUGUUUGGUUUGAUAGGCCACAGCUGAAUCUGGUGGAUCAGCUUGUAAGUGACAAUGUAAUGCCGGUUCCCACUUAAUAAAGUUGAAUAGCAGGU